UUUUGAUGAAUAAGCUGCAAAAUAUUCAGUAGACACUAUUCAUUUCGAGAACCCGAACAUUUCUAUUCUGAAGUAACAUAGCUACAGUCGUUGAUUCGGCAUAUAUUAUUGAUUGACAGUUUUUCUGGAUUGACCGCUUGCUCUCCCCCUUUGUUGUAACAUCUUCAUUUUCGGGUAAUAUUCGCUUCCCGUGGUCCCAUAACAUGUAAACACCAAAAAACACCAAAAUGCCCUCUCCAUCUAAUAAUAAUGACACCCCCAUAUUGUGUAUAGGUAACACUGCAGCAGGUAAGCAGCAGGCUGGUCUCGCCUGAUCCCUCGGCACCUUUGGCGAGUCUGGCUCCCUAGCCAAUUCCUGCCCCUCGAGGACCCUCGAGGCACAAUGACUCAAAGCACACGUGAUCCAUCAACAUGGUAAAAUUCACACCAUUCUUAAUUCUUCAACAACCACCACCACCAUGUCCAGCCCCAAUGCGUUAACCCCCUUCAUCAAGUCGUUGUUGAUGGAGCCCCCUAACUUCACCGAGGGCGACUUGGCCACUGUCUUGAGGUGUAUUUUCAGGGGCAUCCCCAGCGACAUCCAAACUGCUUCGUUCUUGACAGCAUUGAGAUUGAGAGGCUUGGACCAGCGCCCAGAGUUCAUAGCAGCGGCAGUCACUACCGUGUUGGAGUUCUCCAAAAUGAUUCCUGCCGAACUCGUUGAUCCGCUGGGCUAUGUGGACAUUGUUGGAACUGGAGGUGAUGGAAAGAACACCUUCAAUGUCUCCACUUCCUCGGCCAUUGUCGCUGCUGGUAUGGGCUUACCUGUUUGCAAACAUGGAGGUAAAGCCUCGUCAUCCACCUCGGGAUCGGGUGACUUACUCAAAUCCUUGGGUGUCGACUUAAUGAAUGUUAAUGAUGAAACCACUCCAGAAAUCGUUAAGAAGUCAGACUUUUGUUUCUUAUUUGCACCUGCCUUCCAUGGUGGUAUGCUCAAGGUAGCCCCAGUUAGAGCCCAAUUGGGUAUUCCUACUAUUUUCAACAUCUUGGGUCCGUUAAUUAACCCUAUUCCAUUGAGAGCCCGUAUCUUGGGUGUCUACAGUGAACAGCUAGGAGAGUCCUACGCUCAAGCAGCAUCGAUAUUAGCCAAAGAGAGCAAGGUCCACAAGAAAACAAUGGUGGUUUACGGUGACAUCGGAUUAGAUGAAAUCUCCCCAUUCGGCUACACCAAAUACUGGAUGAUAGAUGCAGACGGUGAGAUCACCAAGGGAGUGAUAUCCCCCAAAGAUUUCCAUCUUCCAGAGCAUGAUCUUACCUGGGUAAGCCUGGGUACCCCCGAAGAAAAUGCCGAAACCUUGCUUCAUAUCCUCAGACAGGACCAAUCAAGAUUUAAGAUAAAAGAGAGCAACAACCAUGCGUUGGUCGACUACAUUUUGAUGAACACAGCUGCUUUGGCUGUGGUAGCGGGAAUUGCCACAGACUGGGUCCAUGGUGUGGAGCUCGCUAAGAAUUCCAUCAUGUCCGGCUCUGCAUUGAGAGCCUUAGAGGACUUCAAGGCCGCAGUGCAGGAACUCCCUGAACAGACCAGCUAAGCCUGGGCCGCGAUUUAUUCUAAUAUACGACACUUAUAG